AUGAAGCUUACAUUUGCUGCUUUGUUAGUUCUACCACUGGUACUAGCUGGAUCGCUCAAGUCCGUCGUCAUUACUUUCCCCAAGGGAACACCUGACUCGGUGGUUAACCAGGCCAAAGCAUCCCUAGUAGCUUCAGGUGGCAUCAUCACGCAUGAGUACCAUUUGAUCAAGUACGAUUACAACAUUUUCUGUCCCUAUCCAUUUUCUAACUAUGACUUCAGUGGCUUCGCCGCCGAGGCUCCUGUGAGCACUCUCCAGACCCUUUCCACGCAGGAUACCCAAUACAAACCAAAUAUCGAAGAAGAUAAGGUUGUGAAUGCAUAUGGAGACUAUGCGGCAGUCUAA